GCAGCAAAGGGAGCUGGUGCGGCAGUAGGGCCUCCCCGGGGGCAGCGCGAGGGCCUCCCCCGGGGCAGCCCGGGCCGAGGCGGGUCCUCCAGAGGGGGGGCAGCAGAGGAGGGAGCGGAGCGGGAGCCGGGCGGAGGCCGCUGCGGCAGGGGGAGGCGGGAGGCGGGUGCGCUGGCUCCCAUGCUGGCCUCGGUGCCACUCGCGCGUCGGCCGCGCUGCGGGCUUCUCUUUUCCCUCCGACGAGCCGUAGCUGCCCAGACAUUCCGGCUGCCGGGGCUGGAGAGCUCUCCGAACCCCUCCGCGGAGAGGAGCGAGGCGGCGCCACGGUGGCCCCCGGGGCGCUCUUGGUCUCGGAGAAGCGGGGACGAGGCCGGAGGAUGAGCGGCUGAGGGAGACGCGGGCACUGACGCGAGUUGGGGCCGCAACCACCGGCAGCUGGCAGCGCGAUGAGCGAGUCCCCAGAGACGCCCUAGCCCGGUGCGCGCGCCGGGCGGAGCGCGCAGGUGGGGCUGGGCUCUCAGCGGUCCGCCCCGCGCGGGUCCCCGGCCGGCCCAGGAUGGGUGCUGGUAACCCGGGCCCGCGCCCGCCGCUGCUACCCCUGCGCCCGCCGCGAGCCCGGCGUCCGGCCCGCGCCCUGCGCUCAUGGACGGCGGCUCCCGGCUGGCGGCGGCGCGCCCCCGGGCUGUGAAUGCGACUCGCCCCUCGGCCGCGCACCCCGCCCGCCCGCCCGCCGGGACGUGGUAGGGGAUGCCCAGCUCCACUGCGAUGGCAGUUGGCGCGCUCUCCAGUUCCCUCCUGGUCACCUGCUGCCUGAUGGUGGCUCUGUGCAGUCCGAGCAUCCCGCUGGAGAAGCUGGCCCAGGCACCAGAGCAGCCGGGCCAGGAGAAGCGUGAGCACGCCUCUCGGGACGGCCCGGGGCGGGUGAACGAGCUCGGGCGCCCGGCGAGGGACGAGGGCGGCAGCGGCCGGGACUGGAAGAGCAAGAGCGGCCGUGGGCUCGCCGGCCGUGAGCCGUGGAGCAAGCUGAAGCAGGCCUGGGUCUCCCAGGACGGGGGCGCCAAGGCCGGGGAUCUGCAGGUCCGGCCCCGCGGGGACACCCCGCAGGGGGAAGCCCUGGCCGCAGCCGCCCAGGACGCGAUCGGCCCGGAACUCGCGCCCACGCCCGAGCCACCCGAGGAGUACGUGUACCCGGACUACCGUGGCAAGGGCUGCGUGGACGAGAGCGGCUUCGUGUACGCGAUCGGCGAGAAGUUCGCACCGGGCCCCUCGGCCUGCCCGUGCCUGUGCACUGAGGAAGGGCCGCUGUGCGCGCAGCCCGAGUGUCCGAGGCUGCAUCCGCGCUGCAUCCACGUCGACACGAGCCAGUGCUGCCCGCAGUGCAAGGAGAGGAAGAACUACUGCGAGUUCCGGGGCAAGACCUAUCAGACUUUGGAGGAGUUCGUGGUGUCUCCAUGCGAGAGGUGUCGCUGUGAAGCCAACGGUGAGGUGCUGUGCACAGUGUCAGCGUGUCCCCAGACGGAGUGUGUGGACCCUGUGUAUGAGCCUGAUCAGUGCUGUCCCAUCUGCAAAAAUGGUCCAAACUGCUUUGCAGAAACUGCGGUGAUCCCUGCUGGCAGAGAAGUGAAGACUGAUGAGUGCACCAUAUGCCACUGUACUUAUGAGGAAGGCACAUGGAGAAUCGAGCGGCAGGCCAUGUGCACGAGACAUGAAUGCAGGCAAAUGUAGACGCUUCCCAGAACACAAACUCUGACUUUUUCUAGAACAUUUUACUGAUGUGAACAUUCUAGAUGACUCUGAGAAAUAUUAGUCAAAGGAGAACACUUUUGAUGAGGAAUACUGGAAAAUUGUUGGUACUUUUCCUUUUCUUGAUAACAGUUACUACAACAGAAGGAAAUGGAUAUAUUUCAAAACAUCAACAAGAACUUUGGGCAUAAAAUCCCUCUCUAAAUAAAUGUGCUAUUUUCACAGUAAGUACACAAAAGUACAGUAUUAUAUAUUAAAUGUAUUUCUAUAAUCCCUCCAUUAGAGAGCUUAUAUAAGUGUUUUCUAUAGAUGCAGAUUAAAAAUGCUGUGUUGUCAACCGUCCUCACUGUGUACCUGCAUAUCUUUUUCAGUUGUGAUUCCAUCACCCGGGAAUGUUUCCCCUGCACAUUUUCACAGGGCAGAGUCACCCAUGAAUGGAUCGUAAGAUAUUAGGACCAAUUUCCACUGAAACCCUGUUUAAAUUCUAUUUAAUUACAGACGUAUCUCUAAUGUUGAUGUCUACUUCACAUAAAUAUAUUUCCUUUUUAUAAUAAUAUAUUGCUUUUAUCUGCUUCAUUCUCAGUCACUUGUGAAAUGCAGGUGUAAAGAUCACUAACUCACACUUUCUCAGUUCUUUCCCCUAAGCUCCUGUAUUGUAGACCAUAGGUAAGCACAUACAUAGAUUUCAUUCUUAUUUACAUUAUUUUCUCUUCUAAGCAUAACUUUAAUUCAUUCCCUAAACUGAGGAAUAAAGUAGGCUGGAAAAUUUGCAUUACUGUUCCAUCAAGCUGAAGCAGACAACAAAAUAGCGGAGGAGUCCUUCGAUUCUCCUAGGAUAGUUAAGGAAAAUCAAACUCCUAAACAAGUUUAUAUACCUGAAAUCUAAAUGUGCUACAGAUAUCUCAGCUGUCAGUUCAGUGGAAUCAUAUUUGUUAUCAGACUUGAGACAUCUAUCCUCCAUAAACUACACAGUAAAAUCUUGACUGAUAACCUUGAAUUAGCCACCCUUCACAAGCAGAGUGAGAAAGCAGUUAUUCUGUUAAAACAAAGCUGAAGACCAAGUGUACUCCACAACUUUCCUAGUUAUAAUUCCAAACCAAUUUCUUUUCUCUUCAUUUGAACAGAGAACAUAAAAAACCACUGCAAAGUCUUGCUAAUCUAAUCAAUGCAUAAUAGAAAAUAGUUCUACCUUUAUCAAUCAUAUCAGCAUGCUGUGUGUUGAUGAAAGAGGUAAUUGGAGUCUCAAUAGGUGUAGGAUAAAAAAAGCAAAACUGUAAUCACUAUUUAUGUCUUUAAAGGAUUAAAAUAUAUGUAAUCAUCAUUUGAAGCCUCUAAAGGUAUUUUUCAUAUUUUUGUUUAUUCUAAAAUUUUGCAUCAAGAACCUAUUAAGUACAAAGCAUUUACAACAAGGGAAUACGGCUUGAUUUCUUGCCUUCUUGGACUUUUGGUCCCUGGCAUAAGAAGUAUAUGAAAUCAUAAUGUAUUGUAUUAGGAGCCAAACUAGAGACCAGCAAAUGGAGAUUAGAAAGCCUUCCUAAUUAGAAGAUGGAAAACAUGAAAAAAUCAUUAUAUAAAAAAUAAUUCAAUCAUUAAAGACUGAAUAACAUUCAAGAAAAAUGGAUACAUCUAUCAUAAUUGAAAAAUUAAACUAUUGUGGACCUUAGUAAGUAUAAAGAUGCCACUGACUGAGUCAUCAAAACAUUACAUAUAGUCAUUUAAUUUUUAUCUUGUUCAUAAAGAACACCUUGAGCCAAAGGGACUACCGGUACAUAGAUUUCAUGAAAAUACUCAGGGGAAUUAUUAGCUAAUUGCUCUCAGGUGUAAUCAGCUUUCCAAAAUUUAACCUUUGUAUUAAAGACUGGUAGACAUUGGCCAUCCCUCCUUUAUUCAAGGAUGGAUUGUUUGAGACACAGUUAUUUAAAGUUGUUGUUUUGCUAAUAAAUGGCCCUAGCCCCCAUGGGUAGGUGGGCCAUUAGUAACCUCUUCUCUCUCCAUCAGGCAUGAUGCAGUUAGAGACUCAGUCCAUGCAGCUCAAAGUCUUCCUGUUUCCGUUAAUAAUAAUUCCAACCAGAAUGGAUGAUGAGCUCUGAAAUAAUUGCAAUGGUGUUUUCAAUGCUGUAAGAAUUUCAGAAAACCUAGUAUUUUGUUGCAUAUAGAGAGAAUGAACCCAGUAUCAUCUUGGGAAAUUAACUGACUCGCUUGCUCUAAACUUAGUUUGACCUGCAGGGUCACCAGCACACACUCCUAAGAGCUAAAGCUCAGUGGCUGUUAUUACACCAAAGUAACUCCCCCCCGCAUCUCUGAUUUCAACCCCCUCAUUCCUCUCUCUUCAUAGAAAUAAUGCAUAAACCAAACACAUGGAAGAACUUGGAUUUAUGACACUGCAUAUACUCAUUAAUAAUAAUGGCAUUAUUUGCAUUUUUGUCCAAGAUCAACUUCUUGCAGUUAGACUUUCACAAAUAUAUAGCUAUCUCAGAUUGACAUUCUGUUUUCCUCCCCUCUGUUGUCAGAGAACUGUUUGCUGAGAUUAUCAACAACAAACUGUUCUAUUCAAUAAAUAACCUGAAUAACUGCCCAAUAAAAAAGGAAAGUAUAAGUUACUCAGUUUCAAAAUGAUAUGGUUUGGAGAUAGCACAGAAAAGCAGGCCUCAGAAUUCAAGUAUAGAAGUUCUGGAAAAGCCAUAAUCAUUAAAAUUCAAAUAGGGCUGCUCUAUAAGUACCUAAUAAUUGUUAAAUGAUUUGUUCAAUUUAAUAAACUAAAUCGUGCUUACAAAUGUAUUAAUGAAUUUAUUUCGAAUUUUCAACCCAUAUUUAGAUCUGAAAGUAUAAAGCUACUUAUGUAAGCAAUAGAAUGGUUCUGGCAAUUAUCUGAUGUCUUAGAGGUUUUCAAGUUAAAUUCAUUCUUUCAGUGAUAGGAUACUUACUUGUUGGGUGGAUUAACAAUACUUUUUAUUGACACUUCCCAGAAGUCUUGAGAAAAGUCAUUUCAAAAACUUGUACUUCAUCCCUGCAUGCAACAAGUAUUAGAUGCACUCCAGUCCGGGCAAGUCCUGCUAUAAUGUUGUAGCUAGUGCAGAUGGAGAGGCACAGUAUCCUUGACAUCAAGGGGUCUGUAAGCCUUGAAACUAAUUUAGGUUUGAUUAUAAUACUUUUAAUCUUUUGAUACUUAGAAUUUCAUCACCUGCUUUGUGCAGUAAAACAUGCUGAGAAGAAUUCUCCUACAGUUUUAAGUUUGUAACAUCAAUAAUAUGUUUAAUAAACUUUCCUCCCUACUUCUCCAACAUAAAUGUUGCAUUUAUAUAAGGUUAAAAGUCCUAAAACAUCAUAAAAUUCGGAUGCUUAAUUUUUGUUUUUAUUUUAAGCAGUGAAAUGGGUCUUUAAAUGUAUACAUUUUCUGAAACUUUCAAAUAUACACUGUUUCAAACAAGAAUUGUUGGAAACUAAAUCCAUUAUUUUAAAUGUGAACUAUUUAAACAUGUAGAAAACAAAAUUAUAGACAUAAACUAUGAUUUUAAAAAUAUUAACAAUUUGCUAAAUUUGCUUCAAUGGGCAAGAGAUCAAUCCUAUUUUCAUUGUUAUUUUUAAUAUCAUAUUUUUCCCCAACAUAAUGUAAUAAGCAAAGAAGAGUAUCAGAUGUACAAAUAAGCACCAUUGGUAAAAACAUACAUGCUUCUUUGGCCAACAUAAUUUGUAACUUUCUUACUGAACCUACUUACCUACUAUAUUUUUUUUCCUCACUAGUAGCAUCUGAUGGUUGAUACAGUCAGUAACUAUUCUGAAGAAUUAGAUUAAGAGAGAACAAUUUACUUAUUCAGGAAUAAGUGCAUUUUUACAGUACACAUUUUUCACAUGCCAGCUGCAACUUCCAAAGAUCAGGUUCUCAUUGCUCCGUAGCACAGAUUAAACAGCCUACUUAUGUCAUAUCCUCACUUCACACCAACCUCUUCAGUCUAUUAUUUUAGUUUUCUAAAUGUAGAUCCAGUUUUCAACUGAAUUCUUUAUUUUGAGGAUUCCAAUCACACACAAAAUAACAUCCAAACUCCACAACAUGGAAGACUGAGGUCUUCACAAUUAGAUAAUGGACCACACCAUGACCCAGGCCCCUGCGGCUGGUGAGACUUCUGGGCCCUGGGUACCACGGACUAUACUCUAAACAUGGUCUCUACUAUCUCAGAUCCUGCCCCGAGUGUCCUUUGCAGCAUGUUGAGAUAUUAGCCAUUUUCAAUGUCCAAUUCAAGUGCCAUUGCUAGUAAGAAGGCUUCUGUAGUUCUUAUUGGAAGAAUUGUCACUCUAUGUCCCAGUAAUAGUACUAAUUUGCUUUCUUAUUUUAACAUAUCAUUUAGGAAUCAUACCAUAGUUUGCAUAAUAGUUAAUUUUAUGCCUGCUCCUUCUAUUAUUUACAAAUCCCUUUAUUUUGGGCUGUGAGAUACUCAAUUCCCAAAACAUCACCCAAUAUCUAUAUGUUAAAGGCUUGUUGAAUUGUAUUCAAUCUAUUAGUUCAGAGUUAUUUGCUAUUCUUGUUUAAGGACAAUGUAUGUAUUAAAGAGCAACUAAAAGCUCCCAUUACUGUUUGCCAA